CUUGGUUACUGCUUGACUGACGCGACCUCGCGGAUCCCAGGCUGCCAGGCUGCCUUUUCUUCCCACCUGCGCAAGCAUGCCUGCACGCCUGCAUGCCUGUACGCUGCCACGCAUAUUAUUACAUCGGCCCAUCGCCUAACAGCCCCCAGUCUCAGUCUAUUAUUGUUACUGGCUGCCUGCCUGCCUGCCUGACUGCCUGACUGACUGUUUGUACGGUAUUAUUAUCGUGCACAAUCACCGCCCCCUCCCCCAUACUUCAUUACGACGACUGCACGACAAUCCAAACUGACUGCGCCGCUCCUCGCCUCGUUCCUUCGCAUCGAUCCUUUUUCUGUUUUCUUCUUUGUUGAGAUACCCCUCCUCCCAACCCUCACUCUCUCCUCUCUCUUUGAACAGCCUUCUCCCAACUUAUUGCCUACUGCUUCUUCCGCCACGACCAUCAGGACAGCUUCCACAGCUGCUGCUUCGACUCGGAGCCUUGGCUGACCCCGAACCUCGACUCGAGCAACAGCAGCCUAAUCGCGUCACUCUGCCUGCCCAUCUGGGCCCACCCACCCACCUCCGCUCUUCCUCUUGCCCGACCCGACGUCAUACCUUGACUGUGGCCGCACAGAGCGCGCCCCCUCUCCCACGCCCACGAUGAAGUCUAUGAAGGGUCUGAGCAGUAAGAUGCUCGGCAGCAUCAAGAAGAGGACCGACUCUUCCGGCGACACCGCGAGCGCAGCAGGCAGCGAUUCCGCCGUCGACCUGCAGGGCGACUCGCCCGAGGCCGUCGCCGCCAGGAGCGUGAAAGCUUUCUGCGAGUCGAGUAGUAAUUCGGGCGACGAUGUCAUCUACCUGCCGUCCAUAGUCGAGUCCGCCGAGUCGUCGCCAACAGCAGCCGCCGAGUGCGCGCGGACGAUACGCAAGUACCUCAAGAAGGAUUACUGGACGAAGCCGUCCUACCAGUACAAUGCGCUCAUGCUCAUGAGGAUUCUCGCUGACAACCCCGGGCCGACCUUUACUCGGAACCUGGACGGGAAGUUCCUGGACGUGGUCAAGGAGCUGCUGCGGAGUGGGAAAGACCUCUCUGUGCGCCACAUGCUCAUGGAGACGCUGGACACAUUCGAGCAGCAGAAGGGCUGGGACGAGAACCUUGGUCCGCUCAACGAGCUGUGGAAGAAGGAGAAGGAGAAGGCCUACAAGGGACAACCGCCGCCACCACCGCGUCCACAAAAUUUCAACAUGCCCCCUCAAGACAUGCACUCGCAAAACUAUUUCGCGAGGAGCCAUAGCAACAAGCGUCUUCCCGACCCCGUCGAGCUGGCGAACCGUCUAGAGGAGGCGCGGACGUCGGCCAAGUUGCUCUCGCAGCUGGUAGCCAACACGCCAUCGACCGAGGUCCUGGAUAACGACCUGGUCAAGGAGUUCGCCGACAGGUGUUUGAGCGCGUCCAGGAGCAUACAGGGCUACAUGACCGCCGAGAACCCGGGUCCGGAUAACGAGACCAUGGAGAGCCUGAUCGACGUCAACGAGGAGCUGCAGCAGGCGCUCAACAACGAGAAGCGCGCCCGGCUUAGCGCCAGGAAGGAACUCGGCGUCGGCGACCGCUCCGAGAACGUCAGCCCCGCGCCCGAGGUGAACGGCUCGAACCGCCCUCCCAUGCCCCAGGCGACGGCGUCUUACUCUCUCCAACAGGGGGGAUCAUUCCCACCCGCCGGUAUGGGGUACGUGAGCGAAUCGGCGCCGUCGGUGCCAAGGAAGCCGCUCAACAAUGGGAAAGGGAAGGGGAGACAAGAGCCUGACCCCGCGGACUACGUGCCGCCACCUCCGGGACCGCCGCCGGGACACUCUGCAGCAGGGAACAACCACUACUCAACAACAGCGGGCCCAUCCCGAUCCGCAAACGCAACGCCGUUGGAUGAGGGCCAGGAUCCCUUCCGCGACCCGGAGCCGGCGGGGUACAGCAGCAGCGGCAGGAGGCAGCAAGGAGGCGGGUCCUCUUCCUCCAACUCUGGGGCGCCACACCUGGACGAGCCGCGGCUGGCCGACGAGCCGUUCCACCCGGGCUUCGGCGAGCAGCCGACGCGCAGCUAUCUCGGGCGGCAGGAAAGCGCCAUGAACAAGGUGACCAUGCACGGCGCGGGCUACGGGCCGCCGGACCAGGACGGCGAUAAGGAGGUCGUGAGCCCCGUCGUCGCCGGCGGCAGCGCGGGCGGGUACGGCGGGUCCUCCUCGUCGAGCAGGCCACGUGCCGUGUCGGACCUGAGCGAUGACAUCUACAACGCGCCGACCGCCUCGGACUCGUACGGCGGGUCUUCGUCCGGGAAGAGGCCGGUUUAUCGGUACUGAGCGAGCGGCCUUUGCUUUACGGGCUGGUUAACUGCACAUAUGUUGUUGCAUGGGGAGGAGGGAUGCAUGGAAUGUGGUUUCCGCGCGAUUGCCUACCUACCUACCACCUAAAUACCCAGGUUGCCCUUUUUCUUUUCUUUGGUUUAGCUUAAAACACACAGAUCUAUCUACACCUACCCAGGCAGGUACUUACCUGGGGGGUCAACCAACAGCAUUCUUGUUUAUGGAUUUUUUCCCCCCUCUCGGGUGAGAAUGAACAGAGAGACAUGAGGAUGUGUGAUUGCAGUGGCGAUGUCAUGCGGGGAAGGGGGUUGUGGUUGAGGAUGAAGCAUCAGGGUUGGCAUGGAUGAAAGAUAAUAGUAAAAACAAAACAGACAGACAGACAGCAGUUCUUACCAUGGGGCAUGAGAAGAAAUACCAGCCAGAGAGAGUGAGCGAGCAUACCUACAUACCUACGCGCCGGCCACGGUCUUGUAUCCGUGACUACCUACCUGCUCGUCCAUGUGUCAUCUGGCUCAUCCUUGGUCAUAUCUCCGGGGGCCUUUGUCCCGUUUUGUCCUCUCGGCGCCUUCACGGACUGCGUACGACACCUAGUAGGGGAGGGGACAUAUCGCAUUCGCGGUCCCGCCCUUCAGGGCAUGGAACCAACAAACUGCGCGUGUGGUGUGAGGUUGAGGAUAACAUGCGGCACGUUCCAGCGGUUCAGAACGGCGACACGUUUCCCUCCCUCUCUCUUCUCACGACUUCCUGCUCUUCUCCAGAGUCCCCGGCUCUGCCUCGAAUCUGUCUGUCUGUCUGUCUGUCUGUCUGUCUGUCUGUCUGUCUUCGAUAUAUUGGCCCCGAGAGCCUCCUAGACCCGAAGUCCCCUCUCAUUCGGGCUACCUGUUGAGCCCGACUGCUCGAGUCACCAGUCAGUCAGUCAGUCAGUCCCCCAUGACACUCGGCCAGACCGGGGAAGGGCUCGCAAGCUUGUGCAUGUCGUGUGGUUUCGUGUCGUCGGUAGAUGAUAUGGUGUGGUUCUGAUGCGCGUUGACGUGUGCAUAGGCACUGGGCGGUGUUGGACACAAUGUGGGCAACGGACAGCGGGCUGCCUCCAAUAACUUUCUUUUUUUGCUUCUUCCUCUCUUUCUUUUUCUUUCUUCUCCUGCUUCUUUUUGGAAGUCUCGUCCCCUUCCUACGAUGUUGCUUCUUCUCGCUUGCCUCCCCCCCCCCGGCCUCUUGUGCCCGCCUUGGCUUGCGUCGGGGGUUUAUGUCCGCAGAUCAGUGUCUCUCGUUUGCGCCGCGGGACGAGGCGUCUGUCUCCUCGCAUUCGGAUCUGUCUUUUUUUCUUCUUUUUUCUUCUUCUUCUCUGCGACGACGACCUGGAAAGGGGAAGCAGUGCGGUUCAUCGGCGGCUUUUUCUUUUAUCAUAAGUGGCAGUUUUUGAGACCUGAGGAUCUCGGAGGGAGUCUGGAGAAGGUAUCCAUCUGUGUCCGGCAUGGGUCUUUCCAAAAGAUGAUGGAUGUGCCUGUCUUGUGCUGACACACACACCACCCCUUGCCCAGCUGAGGUCUAUUGAUAUUUUCCUUGUUCAGUUGUAAACCCCCCCUAUCUUCUCCCCACUUUCCGGCACGAAAUUCUUCCCGUCUUCCUGGUGAGUGAAAGAGUUUUGGAAGCGGGACUUGACAUAGCCGUUGUGGUGUGGGCGGCGUCGUGGUGUUGGUAUCAGUGCCCAGUUUGUGAUCUGCCCGCCUCCCUCCCGAUGCACGUUUCUCAUGCACGUACCUCGUGUCGGGCCAUGUGGACACGCGCCUCAAAAAAAGGAGGGGCUUAGAAAAAGCAAAACGUUUGCAUGCGUGCGUGUUAUGCAUUUGUUUCUGUGUGGGAGGGUGCGUGAUUUCCUCGACAUUGGCCGGCCUAUCCCCUGUCGACGGCGACCAUCAACGGGCGCCAGGACGAGUGGGCAGAGAAGACAGGCGUGUCUUCCUCUGACCACGGCAUGAGUUGCGAGUGGACGCACGACAACUGUUGAAGCUGCUGCUGCAAGAGCCGCCAGGGGAGCUGGCCGCGCAUAUGCAGACGUGGGUUGGGGCAGUUUGUUUUUGCGGCUUCUGCUUCCCAUCAUGGGGAGGCGAGUCUCUGCGGCCUGCCUCAGAAAUCCCCAGUAGCCAUGCACGAGAUGCAUAACCUCGUCUAUCGGGGACGAGUUUUGGCUGUCUUUGCCCAUCCGCUCGCUCACUUGAGAGGCUGGUGCACAGUGUCCCCCCCCCAUCACACCUCCAGAUAUCCACAAAGGUGGAACAGAAACACAAGCAGCCACGGUGGUGGUUGCGGCGUAAUGCGUGUAUUAUUGCCCGGUGUGAAAAAUGUGCUCUCACCGGGUGGGGGUGGAAGGGGGUGGAAGCC